UCUGUGUAAUUGACCAAUAGGCGACAUUUCUGUCCAUGCAUACAGGUGUGCACGGCUGCGCAUACCGGAGCAGCGUGGGAUGUGGUGUUUGCGUUAGGAGCGUCUGAUUGUUAGUGUGACACGGACGGAAAGGAGCCUUCCUCCCCCACCAGCGAAGCGGCUUCUGUCUGCAAACCGCGCAACUAGGGCAUGCAUUCAGCCAGCACACAGCAGCGGCAGCGCACCAACAAGCCGCUGUGAUCUGAGAGCCUCUGCACGGCGACGGCUCGCUCUUUCGUAACGGAGUCGGGGCAGCUUCAGCGUUUGCGGGACAAUUUCGAGCUUUGAGUAUAGGGACAGGUCUGUGAAAAGGCAGGCGUGUGUCGGAGGGUUUGCAUCCCCUCUUUUUUGUUGUUAUUGGGGGUUUUUUUUAACCCCCUUCGUAUUGCUCUCUGGUUUUCAUCCCGGAUCCCGCAAGAUGCAGCCUCUUACCUGACAGAUCUGUGGCACCACAGCUGCUGCUGCUGCCUACAGCUCUCCUGUCAUCAUCGGGAUCUGUCCCCUUCAAACAGGACAAGAUAGACUUCAUCUCAUCAUCGAAAGUGGCCCCUGUCAAGAGAGAAACCUGCUGAAGAUGACUUCAUCCGAGCCGAUUGCCUGAAAGCAGCAUGAGAUUACUGAGGACUAUCAUGCUGACCGCUGAUUCGAGCUGUUUUCUCUUUUGAGGGCUGAUCCAAAACAAUGUUCCUGUGUGUGAGCUGACUGACCGGGGGCGUCAGGGGGCUGGGGGCUGCUGCUGGUGUUCUAGCACGGGGACACAGCCCAGCAGCUCAGACGCAGACACCGCCGGAGAAAGAUGGCUCGCCCCGGGUCUGGGCUGCUGGUGCCCAUGAAUGGCGUGGGGUACCCGCCUCAGAACCUGGCCAGGGUGGUCGUCUGGGAGUGGCUGAACGAGCACGGGCGCUGGAGGCCGUACAGCGCGGCGGUGUGCCACCACAUCGAGAACGUACUGAAGGGAGACGCCAGGGGAAGCGUGGUUCUCGGGCAGGUGGAUGCCCAGCUCUCCCCUUACAUCAUCGACCUGCAGUCUAUGCACCAGUUUCGGCAGGACACAGGCACCAUGAGGCCCGUGCAGAGGAACUUCUACGAGCCGUCGUCGGCCCCAGGGAAAGGCGUGGUGUGGGAGUGGGAAAACGACAACGGCUCGUGGACGCCGUAUGACAUGGAGAUCUGCGUGACCAUCCAGAAUGCCUACGAGAAGCAGCACCCGUGGCUGGACUUGACCUCUCUGGGCUUCUGCUACCUCAUCGACUUCAACAGCAUGUCCCAGACCAACCGGCAGAGUCAGCGCAAGCGCCGCCUUCGGAGACGCAUGGACCUGGCAUACCCGCUCAUCAUGGGCUCCAUUCCCAAGUCCCAGUCGUGGCCCGUGGGCGCCAGCUCUGGCCAGCCCUGCUCGUGCCAGCAGUGCAUCCUGGUGAACAGUACAAGAGCUGCCUCCAAUGCCAUCCUGGCCUCGCAGCGGCGUAAGCUCUACGGAGGGACGGCUGGCAACUCGGGCACCGCGGGAGGCCUCGGCGGCGUGCGGCAGAGCAACACCUUCGCUGGAACCUCCCUGUGGUCCCCGACGUCCGGCUCCUCCGGUGCCAACCACAAUAACAUAAGUGUGGGAGGUGGGCAGUCGAAAGCCGAACAGGUGCAGUCGCCGCUGCCUUCUGCCAACUUUCCCUGCUCCCCGGUGAUGCCAUCGCUUUCAUCCUCCCAUGGUCACCACGCGCUCACCAUCAACGGACAGAACAAUCUGAACCGGCCAGGCACCCAGCGGAUUUCCAUGGGGACCACCAGAGGAGCCAUCCCACCCGGGGUUCCUGCUUUACCAGUGAAAAAUCUGACCGGGUCUGGACCUGUGCACCCAGCGCUAGCAGGCAUGACAGGUAUCCUGAUGUGCGCUGCAGGUCUACCUGUUUGUCUGACUCGAGCUCCAAAGCCUAUACUGCACCCGCCACCCAUCAACAAGAGCGACAUGAAGCCUGUGCCAGGGAUCAAUGGCAUGCGGCGCAAAACCAAGAAGAAGCACCUGAAGAGAGGUAAAAACCCGGAGGAUGUGGUCCGAAGAUACACAGAGAAGAUUAAAGUGGUGCCAGACGAGGACUGUACCAUCUGCAUGGAGAGGCUGGCGAUGUCAUCGGGCUACGAAGGCAUCCUGCAGCACAAAGGCAUCAAGCCAGAAUCGGUGGGCAAACUUGGCAAAUGUGGUCACAUGUACCAUCUGCUGUGCCUGGUGGCCAUGUACAACAAUGGCAAUAAGGACGGCAGCCUGCAGUGCCCAACGUGUAAGACAAUCUACGGGGAGAAAACAGGCACCCAACCCCCUGGGAAGAUGGAGUACCACGUCAUCCCCCACUCUCUGCCCGGCUACUCGGAAUGCAAAACCAUCCGCAUCAUGUACGACAUCCCCGCCGGGAUCCAGACCAAUGAGCACCCCAACCCCGGCAAGAAGUUCAGUGCAAGGGGCUUCCCUCGACACUGCUACCUCCCGGACAACGAGAAAGGCAGGAGGGUCCUAAAACUCCUCAUCAUGGCUUGGGACCGUCGCCUCAUCUUCACCAUCGGCACAUCCAGCACCACGGGAGAGUCGGACACGGUCGUGUGGAACGAGAUUCACCACAAGACGGAGUUUGGCUCCAACCUGACCGGCCACGGCUACCCUGACCCCAACUACUUGGACAAUGUCUUGACGGAGCUGUCGGCCCAGGGCGUUGGAGAGGACAAUCUGAAGGACUGACGUGCCGGCCACAGCGGCGACCAGCAGCACAGCAUCCUUCAGAGAACAAGGGACAAUGCAUGAUGUGCCAGUCUACGUCUGGCAACUCCUUAACAGCUUACAACCUGAAACGUUCUUCAGAAGUGGCUGACUAAGAGCAAUAGAAGCAGAAACCAAUGGUUCAGAUUUAUGUUCGAUCUCCACCCAGCUGUCUCCCGAUCCAUGCCUUGAGGAUGUCGAGUCCCACCGCGAUGAGCUCCCUCCCUCUGAGAGGAGGAUGUGAGGAUGGUUUUAUACUCGUGUCGGAAGCUGCAGGCCGCAGUUUGCACGUAACCCCUUUUAGACUUAAACCUCUAAAGCGCUCUACACUUGCGAGUUGGAAGGUCAGGGUCUAAAUCAGGCAUACUUUAAAGGCUAAGCUUUUGAAUGCAUGACCCCGACUAAUGCUGCAUAAUGAAUGUUGAGCAAAUACGGCAGGAUAAGCUGUUGCCUGUCAUAGCAAAGAUACGCAGGAGAGAACUUUAAUUUGUAAUUUGUUUUUGCUUUGCUGGUUUGCCUUUACAAUCAAUAAUUGCAGUACAGUGUUUUGCAUAAGUAUUCACACCCCUUGUCACAUUAUUACCACAAGCUUCAAAUUGGGAUUUCGUAUGGCAAGCUCACAACAGAGUAGCGCAUAGUUAAGUGAAACGAAAAAUUAUGGUUUUCAAAAUUGUUUACAAAUAACCUUUUACUACAACUACAGCAAUUCUUUUGGGAUAGAUAUCUAGGUCUGGGCUUUGACUGAGCCAUCUAACUCGUUAACAUGUGCUUCUGUUGUGGCUCUCGGUGUUUGCUUAGGGUCAUUGUCCCGUUGAGCCUGCGCUCGUCUUCAGAUUCUUCUAUGUUUUCUUCCAUUACUGCCAUUUAAUUAGCUCCAUUCAUCUACCCAUUAACGCCAACCAGCUUCUCCACCCCGAUUGAAGAAAAUUAUGCUGCCGCCAUCUUGUUUCGCCUUGGGGAUGGUGUGUUCAGGGUGAUGUGUGGUGUUAGUUUUUUUUAAUUUAUUUAUCUACACACAUAGUUUUGCAUCUGUUGUAAGAAAACAUGUUUAAUUUUAGCCCAGUUUGACCAGAGCUCCUCCUUUCAUUCAAAGUUUAGAUGGGGCGUCUUAAACAACGUCUUCAAACAAUGUGGUUCUUUACGUUGCAGCACUGCUUGCCUUUAAACGUCUCAACAACUUUCUCGCUGUGUUCUUAGACUUUGUGAUGCAGUUUGUUCACUAAAGUCUGCUGAGGCCUUCACAGAGCAGCAGGGCGCUCUGAUAGCCAUUUACUACUUAGAUGAAGGCAGAUGGUUACGGUGCAUUUUGUUUAGAGUUGUCAAAGGUGACUUGAUUACAUUUUUGAGUGCAAAAAUCAUGAUUUGCAAGUCAUUCAUCAUUUCCCUUCCACUGCACAACUUUGCGGUCAUUUUAGUUCAUCUCCAAAAAGAAAAAUGCAAAUAAAAUACUUACAAGUUUGCGGUUGUAGACCAGGGGGUGUGAAUACAAAGCAAACCGCCUGGGCAACUUUUAAGGUGAAGAUUCCUGAUUUGGUGAAAGCUAUGUAAGGUCAUCUUCAGCCUUUAUUUAUAUUUGUUUACCAAUUAGUAUUCUGCAAAGUGCUUAGAUGUCUGAGAGGUGCGGACCCAAACGUAUAUUUUUGAUUGUUGGGCGGAGAGGUCACACCGGCCGAAACUAAGCCUGCAACAGGAUGUCGAGGUUGGGCAGCAGGAUUUCAUCGAAGGCCAAACUCAUCCGCUUCGUUGGUGAUGCUGACGAGGCUGACCUCUGCGAACAGAAAGCCCGCUUUAUUAUUAUUCUCCACUGUUGAAAGUUUCCCCGUCCGUUGGCUCGAUCCAUCACGCCCGGCCAUACGGGAGGAGCGAGAGCGCGAUCGCCUGCUGUGAGGCGUCGCAGUCCUGGUUCUAAGUCCUUGAGUGGAGCAGCUGAGCGCCCAGAUGGACGUUCCUCUCUCAGACACCAAUGAUUUUUUUCUUCUCCGAGCUCCAUCGCCGGGCUCACCUGCAAUACGCAAGCCUCCCGUGAGCCCCCCUGCUCGCUGACGGGCAACACACCAAGCUCAACGGCCCGUACGGCGAGCAGCGAAACAUUUCAUUUCCCGACUGAGCUCAUGCAGAGUUGCUUUAAGCUGAUGCUGGCGCAUGGCUUCGACCUCGCUUCUUCUCAGCUGUAGAGUUAAAGAGGGGUGCAAAAUUUCAUCUUGCGUUUUGGCAGAGAAGGUUGUUUUUUUUUCCUGCAUCCUCCUCAUUUCUAGUAUCUGAGAGCUUGAGCUUCUGAAGGCCCUCAUAUUGUUUCUUUGCAACCUAUCGGUGGAUAAUCCUCCUGAGUGUAUGUGUUCGAUGAGUUGGGCCGGGGGCUGAAUCAUAGUCUUCCAUAGCACCUUGAGGCAACUUUUCUGUUUAAUCAGUCUUUUUAUUUCAUUUAAUUUCUUUUAUAAGAUGUCUAAAAUGACUAUUUACUGUCUUUUUUAAGUUGAUGUUUAUAAACUAGCUUGCGAUGCUUUAAAGAAAAAAAUAAUAUAUAUAUAUACAUAUAUAUAUAUAGAGACAUAUAUGUAUGAUAUAUAAUUGCAGAUGUGAUAUACCUUUAAUUUCGAGCUCAGUUUGAGUCGGUGGUGUAAGUUUAGUUUAUUUUUAUACUCUUAUAUAUACGGGGGGGAAAAAAAGAUUGUCCCACAUAUUUAUACGCAAACACAUGUCAAAAUGGAUUCUGGCUCAGUUUGUCAGGGACUGAAACAUGUGACAUGUCAUGAACGUUAUAUAUUACAAGUAGUGUUAGAAUGUGGCUGUCGUUACCUUAACGUAGAAUCUGCAUUGCUGAUUGCCUGUUGGACGCCAGUAAAUUCAGUAAAUUGACUUUUAUUAUUGGCGAGGGAAGGUUAGCAUGGAGAUCUUUUCUUUUCUUUUUUUUUCCACGAGUUAGGCACUUUUACUCUUCUUCUACUUGCCCAGAACUUGAAAUCCUUUCUGAGCAGUCUGAAGGCGAAAUUGCAAAUAUAAAUAUAAGAGGUUGAUUUAGCAAAAUGAAACAUUAGACCAGCAUGUAAACCAAAUCAAAGACCAUAAAAACAAAGAGGUAUCAUCUUUAUCAUCGGUCAUCAUUGGUCGUUUGCAAUAAUGUGAGUAGGAAAGAACUUCCUAGUCUAAUAAUUUAACACUCAGCCCAACAAGAUAACCCAAAAAAAUGCUUGACAUAUUUCUUACAAGUUAAUGUUUCUGGUCAAAAGCAUCUGCUCAUUGUUGCUUGGAAGUAGGAAUAUUUCCAUCGGAUCAGCCAUGGUGUCAAAUAAUGCUAAAAUAAAUGAACACAUGCUGAUGGUGAAUAAAAUACUUUUAUGAGAAAGGAAUUUGGAAAUGUAUCUCCCUCCCUAUGUCUUUGGUACCCUGGGUUAAGAUGUGGUAUGGAAAAUGAAAAGAAAAACAAAAGUAUAUGUAGUGACUAUUUGUCCAAAACUCAAAUUCAAAAAACUUAAGACUUAAAGGUGAUCAAAACAAAAGGUGAAUCCAACUCAAAUGGUCACCUGAUGCACCAUGGGUUUCUGGCUUACGGAGUCCAAAAGAAUCAAAAAAGUCAGAAUGCAGUUCUUUGUUUUAUUCCGUAUUCAGGCAAAACAAGUUACAGGCGUCACAGGAUUCUGCUGGUUCUCCUGCUCCGAUUCCUGCACCUGUUCUCUGACUGACAACUGGUGACUGACUGGUAGACUGACAACUGGUGACUGACUGGUAGACUGACAACUGGUGACUGACUGAAGUGACUAACUGGCCGACUGGUAAAAAACCUUAUGACCACCCACGUGCAUAAUGGCCUUCCUAAAACCUACCUAUUUAUACCGUGAAACACCCACUGAAAACCCAAACUGAAAUUAAUUAACUAGUUAAGUGAAUUACUAACCAAAGAACUUAUUUUAAAUAACAAAUUAAACAAAAAUUCUAAUUGUAAAUCAACUAGAAAAUAAGCAAAUAAAAAUAAACUAAAUCUAAAUUGUAAGAUGUAACUGAAAAUAGACAAAUAGCUCCUACAGUGUAGUUUUUUUUAGUCCAGAUAAAAUUCUACUUUAAGAGAAAUUUGCUUUAUUAUUAUUAUUUUUAACUUUUUCAAAAUUACAGUUACCACAAUUAUUGGAACUCCUUACAAUUCAUUAUGAUGAAUUAACACAAGCAUUUUUAUUUCUUUAAUACAUCUUACUCCGAUCCGCUUAGGUAAAUUAUAGUUAGUCGAUAUGAUAGAGGCCAAUAUGCUCUUAGCCACACCUAGAUGGGAAAGAUAAGAGAACAUACCUUUCCAGUUGGGAUGCAGCAUAUUAAUCAUUAUAAGUCAGAAAAUAGCUUAAAGAAAAAAAUACUGGAACUGCAACAAAUAAUCUGAGUGUGAGUUUUGUCAGUAAGUUUAGCUGAAUCUAGGUUUAUCUUUGGCCCUUUACACUAGGUUUAUCAGGGGCAGGAUGUCCCAAUAAAAUAUGAAUUUAAGAGUUUUAACACAUCUUUACCAGGGCUACCAAUAAGUGUGUAGGGUACAAAGUUGUGCACCUUUGCGAUUCCACAAAAACAGGAUAACUGAGGAUAGUUUUGGAUUGCAUGACACAAAAGAAUGUGUUAAAUUUCCUCGAUUGAUGUGUAGAACCUAAACAAGAUUUUAAAAAAUAUAUAUGUUUAAUAAUAAGUGCAUAACAUAUAAUCUUGGUAACCUACCAAGACAAGUUGUUCUAAACUUCCAUAUUAAAUGCACAUUAAACAGAGGACAAAACCACUGAAAAGCUCCGUUCCUCUAUAAAUAUCUGCAGUACGGUCAGUCGCCAGCGUCUGGAUAACACACCCUUACUGUAGGCAAAAAGCUGAAAGAAAAGGCUUGUUUCUGUGGAGUUAUCCUUAACUGUGUGUGUACAACAUGAGUGCAGUGAAACCCAUUGCCAAGCUAUUAGCUGGAAAACAAGCAUGUAAGCUCAUAGCAAGAACAAAAGCUGCAGCCACGUCCCCAGAACCAAAGACAUCAGCUGUUAGAGAUGUACAAAAUGUAUUUAUUAUCUAAAUUGUGUUACCUGUUUUAAACAAAAAAAAAAAAAACUUCUGAAGAAUUACAGUACAAUGUUUUGACUCCGGGUGUUAAAAACGGUCACUGUUCCAGGAGUUUCCUCCUUCGCACCUUCCUGACACUCUUUUAAAUUAAAAAGAAAGAAAAAGAUAAAUAAAUGAAUGGGACAGCAGGAGAGAAAGCUGUGAAUCAGGGAUUUAUUAUUAUUUUUCUUUCAUUCUUUUGAUGUCUGAUGAAGUUUCGGUAACGGAGAGAAAAUGAUCUGCCUGAAUAUAAAGAGAGAGAAGGCUUUUAUGCAAUUUCCUAUUUUUAAUCUCUAGUACGUGGCUUGUCUGUAGCAGGACAGCAGAUUUCCGGUUUAUAUGACAGCGGAUGUUUCCUUUGUAGUUUGCCUACCUCCUGGUUUACGAGCGAAGGGGGUUUCAGUCUGAGGACGUUAAUAUGCUAUGUAUUUGAAAACAUAUAUUUUUAUGUAUUUUUUAAUGAUCGUCUCUAAAAGGAACCUUAUGUAACAUUACUGCUUCGUUCUGUUUAUUCACUUCAUGCUUUGCAUUUGAUUAGAGGUGGAAUAAGUGGUCAGCGCUAUUAUUACAUAAUAUAUUUACAGCUGUAUUCUCUUGUAGUGUCUGCUGAAAUCUGUGGAAAUAGUGGGGGGGGGGUGUGGGCGCGUGUGUGUGUGUGGCAGGUAGGUGUCCAGUAAACAAAGCUUACGUUCAUGUCCUUUCAAGAUGCAGUAAUGUUCUCCUAGAGGUGCAUGUCAGCCAAACUGUAAGUGUAUUGACAAUGCAUAGUUGUGUCUAUGAAAACAUCAUAGUGUCUUCUGGAAAAAAGAUUGAUUUAUUGAAUUCUUUAGUUAGAAAUAUCUUAUUGCCUAUAUUGGUUUUGAUUUACAGGCACAUCUGUAUAAAUAAAAAGUAUCAUCAGAAGUACAUUUAUUUCAGUUAUUUAAGUCACCAAGUGAAACUUAUCUCUAUAGAUUCGUUACAAACAUUCUGACAUAAUUUAAUUAUGUAUUUCUGUUAAUUUUCUUCAUUGUAGCUCACAACUGAUGAAAGACUAAAAUUCAGUUUGUCAGAAAAUAAAUGUGAAUAUUGCAAAAGACUAAAAAAAAUCUUUAAUAUAAAAAUGUUAUAACUAUGUUGUUGCUUACACAAUCAUGAAGCAGACAGCUUCUUUCACAGUUGACCAGCAGUCAGUGUUUGACAAAAAAGUCACUGCUAGUUUUCCCUCCACUACAUUUUUCGUUAACACACUUUUAUACAGCGCUUUGUAUAGAGGCGGUUAUGUCAACAAUGAUCUCUUUUGCAUAUUCGCUUUUAUGUUUUUCCUUCCCCUUAACUUUCCAUUAGCAUGCAUGCAUGCAUGCAUGCAGCACUCUAACAGGUAGCAUGUCCCCCUUUUUCCGCUUCACCCUUCUUCCACUCAAUUUCCCAUGAACACGCUUGUGUAUAAGAACCAACUACCACACUUUUUCCUUCUACUGAACAUUUCAUUUACAUGGGGCGCUAUGUGAAAUCCAUUUUCUUUAGCAAUGAUCCCUGUUGCAUGUCUCCCCUUUUUGCACCACACUUUCCCCUUACACUUAACUCUCCAUCAGUGUAUUUGGAUUCAGCCCAUUCUGAACUGUAAACCUUUGUUGUUUCCCUUCCUUUGGAAACAUGUUAGCGAUUGACUGCUGCACAACCGUCAGCAGAUUUCCCACGAUUGCUUCAGCCAUCACAUAACGUUUUCCACACAACACAAUCUAUACAAUAUCUUUUUUACUUUUUGAAUAGAUCUAUGGAAAUAACAUUUUGAUGAUAUUCUGAUUUAUUGAGAUGCACCUGGUUGAGACAGCACCAGGCGUCUACAAACUCCAUAUGGUAUAGCUUUUUUAAUGCAUUUAGGUGGCCAUUUCAAUAAAUAUUUUAAACGGUCACUUAUUGUUUUUUGAUUUAACCUCCAGCAGUGUGACACUAACAAAAAUGCAAGCUAUUGAGAGACACUGAUUAAACUAUAAAGGGCUUCUUAAUCAAUCAGUCUUUAUUGAAUUGUGAUGACCUUGUUGCAUGUUUGUGUGUUCCUUGUGGAAAAAAUAAAUAUAUGUGCCGUUGGAGGCUCUGAGGGAUUUUCUCACCUUGACUCUGAUUCCACCCUGAUUCCCUCCCAACCCCUUCUUUUUUCUUUUUUCUGAAUGACCUCUCAGAGAUGUGAUGUGCUCUUACUUGGGCUGCUUCAGACAGCUCUCUGCUCCGCUCCUCGUUCCGUGGAUCGAAAUGAGCUUUGAGGGAGCUGCAGAGACGCUUCUCGCUGGCAGUAAAUCUGCUUUACGGUCAUUUUUGUUACUCUGACUGUUGGAGCUGUGGUUGGUGGAAAUAAAAGUGAGCUCUGGGAUCUGUCGGUGUCUGGAUUCAUUUAAUUUCCCCGUUCAACACCAGCUCUCCUCAGCACAGACCCAGCAGCUCCUGGAUCGGCUCCUUUCCGGUUCGUGGUUUUGAUUAAAUGAUUCAUUCGACUGAUGGAGCUUUCUGGGAUCAGCUGCAGCUUCACAUUAUUUGCUAAGUCAUGAAUGAGUAGAUGUGGCUGUAUUUAAUUAGGACAUUAGCCUGCAGUUAACACUGCCACUUUAUUUCUUUCUGCAGCACAAGGGGUGAAGUCAUUACAUACAGGCAUUCCCACAAUUACAAAUACACCUGAAAACAAAUUGUUAUUUUGUGUUUCCCACCCAGAAAAAUGCUAACAUUUUUGUUUUGAACUUUCAACAACGCUUACUCUGGUUCUGAGAGGAUUCGUAUUACUUGGCAGGUAAACACGUGGAAUUCACUCAAAGCAGAAUAAAAUAAAAACCGCAGGUAAAACAGCCUGGUACUGGUAUUUUCUUUUUAGAAAAGACACCAUCAAUUGAUUU